GCGCGGGGCGACGGGCGGGCUGCGCGGCCAUUGACGCGCUUCGUCUCCUUGAGGACACACCGGGCUCGUCCUUCCUCCUCGCGGCUCCGUCUCCUCGUCCCUCGCGCGCCGCCGUCAUGGUUUCACACUCGCUCGCGCUGCCGAUGAUCUGCUUCACCGCCCUGUGGGCGCUCGUGGGCGUCGUGGCUCCCUUCCUGGUGCCCAAAGGACCCAACCGGGGGGUGAUCGUCACCAGCCUCAUCCUCACCGCGGUCUGCUGCUACCUGUUCUGGCUGGUGGCCAUCUUGGCGCAGGCCAACCCUCUGUUCGGCCCGCAGCUGAAGAACGAGACCAUCUGGUACCUGCGUUACUUCUGGGAGUGAAGCAGGACCAUGUGACGUGAUGCCUCUCCAUCAUUCCGUUUCUCGAUUUUUAUUUCAACAUAACGCCCCAUUUAACACACACACAAAGACACACGCGCACACACACACACACACACCUGAAGAGUUACUUUUUAUUUUCCGCCUUUGUAAGUAUCGACAUUAAGGAUUAAGAAUCAUUCUUUGCUGAUCGAACGUAGUUCGGAGUCACAACUAAACAGCUGUGUUCCUGUUCUAAUGAUGAAACCGUGACGUCGUCCUUUAGCUGUAGAUGUUCCUCCUUCUGAAACGUGCAAUCUGUAGGAGCUUAACUUAUUUACGUUUAUCUGUUUGGGCUGUUUUCGUGUGUCCCUGCCGUCAGGGAACGUGAACUAUUUGUAGUAUUUGUAUUUAUUGGCCGCUGUGCGGUGACGUCAGUGAUGACCUCGCCGUCCGAGCCGCCCUGUUGUGUAGCCGUGGUUAUCUGUGACGUAAUGUGUGUGUGUGUGUGUGUGUGUGUGUGUGUGUGGCCACGAGAAUCUCCCUUCCCCUCCAGCAUGAAGCUCCUCCCACAUUCCCUCCGCACGCCGCCGAGGCUCUCGUUGCCAUGGUGAUCUCGUUGCACCAUUCAGUCCCUCUCUCGACCCCUUUUGGUGGAAAUGGAAGAUUAUUUUAUUUUAUUUUUCACUAUCAGAAGCCUUCGGAACAGUAAUCAAUAUUUAAACUUCAUUACUUCACAUUAAAGUAAUUUCUGCUUCUCAAA